UCUCCCCGCUCUGAUCUGGACUCCCAGCCAUUUUCUUCCCCCUCUUCCUCUUCUUCCCUUUCCCUCCCUCUGCAACUCCCUUUUGUACAACAGUUUUUUUUAUCGUUCGUUUGGGUCAUUGUUAGGUUGUAUUUCCCCGUCGCGCGACACGCUCGUUUCGCCCGCGCCUCGAUCCCUCGGUGUUCGCUAAUCGGAGCGCACUUCUCCCAUCAACCGGAUUUGACUCCUCUCGAGGCGUUCAUUGUGUGA